CGUAGCUAAGCAGAGCGAAGGAAGAGUAGAGAAAGCUUUUUUUUUUUGUUGGUAAAGGAAGGAAGAGAAGGUAUUGCCAUGGCGUCGAGGAGGAUUUCUUCUCUGCUCUCUCGCUCUGUAGCUUCUUCGUCUUCUUCGCUUCUUCUCAGAGGGAAGAUCCCACACAUAAGCAGAUACAGCACAGCUGCUGCUGCUCUCGGGGAGCCGAUUCCUCCACCGGUGAAGGUUGAGUACACCCACCUCCUAAUCGAUGGAAAAUUCGUCGAUGCAGCCUCUGGNAAAACUUUCACUACAUUGGACCCGAGAACAGGGGAAGUGAUCUCUCAUGUGGCCGAGGGUGACUCUGAGGACGUGAACCGAGCGGUUUCGGCUGCUCGUAAGGCCUUUGAUGAGGGACCGUGGCCUAGAAUGACUGCUUAUGAAAGGUCCAAGAUCUUACUGCGUUUUGCUGAUUUGAUCGAAAAACACAACGAUGAGAUCGCAGCACUCGAGACAUGGGAUAACGGAAAACCUUACGAACAAUCUGCCAAGAUCGAAGUGCCAAUGCUCGCACGUCUUUUCCGAUACUAUGCCGGUUGGGCAGACAAGAUCCAUGGUCUGACGGUUCCAGCUGAUGGUCCGCACCAUGUGCAGACUCUCCACGAACCAAUAGGGGUCGCUGGUCAGAUCAUCCCUUGGAAUUUUCCUCUUCUAAUGCUCGCAUGGAAACUAGGACCUGCAUUAGCAUGUGGAAACACCGUUGUCCUCAAGACAGCCGAGCAGACUCCUCUGUCUGCUCUCUACGCAGGGAAACUUCUUCAUGAGGCUGGACUUCCCCCUGGUGUUGUAAAUAUAAUUUCUGGAUUUGGUCCGACGGCUGGUGCAGCCAUCGCUAGUCACAUGGAUAUCGAUAAGGUAGCUUUUACGGGUUCUACCGAAACGGGAAAGGUUGUUCUUGAGUUGGCUGCCAAAAGCAAUCUUAAGCAAGUGACUCUGGAGCUGGGGGGAAAGUCGCCAUUCAUCGUAUGUGAAGAUGCUGAUGUAGAUAAGGCUGUUGAGCUUGCCCACUUCGCUCUGUUCUUUAACCAGGGACAAUGCUGCUGUGCCGGCUCACGCACGUUCGUACAUGAGCGUGUGUAUGAUGAAUUCGUAGAGAAAGCAAAAGCUCGGGCUAUCAAACGUGCUGUCGGCGAUCCUUUCAAGGCGGGCAUCGAGCAAGGUCCUCAGGUGGACUCAGAACAGUUUCAGAAGAUAUUGAAGUACAUAAGAUCAGGCAUUGAGAGUGGAGCCACUCUCCAAGCUGGAGGAGACCAACUUGGUUCCAAGGGAUACUAUAUCCAACCCACCGUUUUCUCGGAUGUGAAGGAUGAGAUGCUGAUCGCAAAUGAUGAGAUCUUUGGACCUGUUCAGUCCAUUCUGAAAUUCAAGGAUCUUGAUGAGGCGAUAAGGAGGGCGAAUAAAUCGAGGUACGGGCUAGCAGCAGGGGUGUUCACGCAGAACCUGGACACGGCGAAUAGGCUGAUGAGGGCACUGAGGGUUGGGAGUGUGUGGAUAAACUGCUUCGAUGUGUUCGAUGCCUCUGUUCCGUUCGGAGGGUAUAAGAUGAGUGGCUUCGGACGAGAGAAGGGAAUCUACAGUCUCAAUAAUUACUUGCAAGUCAAGGCAGUUGUUACUCCCCUCACCAACCCUGCCUGGCUCUAGUCCCAUGCCUGAUGCCAUGUCAGUGAUGGCGAUGAUGAUGAGACAAGACAUUGUUAUUUGGCACGACAAAAGAAUAAAGAUCAACAGCCAGAGAGUAAUCCCUUUUCCUUUUGAUCAAAACCUUGAUGGUUGUAUUCAUAGACAGAGGUAUCACGUAAACCCUCCAAAACAUAUUUGCGGUUUUGACCUAAAUUUUCUGAAAUUCAAAUAAGAGAGACUAAUUUACUUGUUCUUUUUUAUAAUACUGAUACCCAGAGGUGGGUUUGAACAGUGGUUGUAGAAAGCACUUGUAUGUAGCACA